AUGUUUUGGCGCGAACACCAUCUCUGCGACCGCGGAAAACACUUGGAGUUUUUCUUUUUUAACGGUAAAACAGACCCUCACCCAAGCAAAUACACGAAUGUUUUUCUUUCCCCACGUAGGAAUACGCAACUAUUUCGACCACCGGGCAGGUCACAUUUUAUUUUACAUUCUCUCUUCCCAUCGUUGGUAUUUCCCGAUUCUGCAUUUUGCUUAUUCUCUCAUACAUUGACUAGAUAUUACUUUCUUUCUUUCUUUUACCUUCUCCCAUGCAUUAACUUGAUCUUUCUUUCUUUCUUUCUUUCUUUCUUUCUUUCUUUCUUUCUUUCUUUUACUAUCUCUCACGCAUUAACUUUAUCUAUUUUCUUUUUGUCUUUCUUUUAUUUUCUCUCACGAUUUAACUUGACCUUUCUUUCUGUCUAUUACCUUCUCCCAUGCAUUAAGUGGAUAUUUCUUUCUUUCUUUUACCUUCUCCCAUGCAUUAAGUGGAUCUUUCUUUCUUUUAACCUCUGUCAUGCAUUAACUUGCUCUUUUCUUUCCAUUAACUUGAUUUUUCUUCUUUCUUUCUUUCUUUCUUUCUUUCUUUCUUUCUUUCUUUCUUUCUUUCUUUCUUUCUUUCUUUUACUCCCUCUCACACAUUAA